GAAGCAUAAUGGUUGGGACGUGGGGCUCCAGCUCCAAAUCAUCCUGGACCUGACUAUGACCUGCUCAUACAACCUGACUCUCUACCCGUUCGACGUGCAGGAGUGUGGGUUGGCCCUCACGCUGGGCACGGAGUUGACCGGCAACACCCACUGGGACCCAAAUAAACUCCAGAUCGACAAGUCUCUCCCUCAGCCUGCCUUAUAUGGAGUCUCCAGAGUCCGGUUCAAGAAAAAAUCAAAUACCCAGAUCGAGGUGUUGUUCCUGCUGGAGCGGUGGUUCGGCUCCUACAUGCUGACGACGUACCUGCCGUGUCUGAUCCUGCUGGUGAUCGGCACUUCCACCCUGGCCUACCCCGUGUCUGCCUUGUCAGACCGUGUCAUGGUCACCCUCUCCUGCCUCAUCGUCCUCGCCUCCCUGCUGGCCCAGGCCAGCGCCACCCUCCCGGAGUCGGCCAGCUCCAAGGCCAUCGAAGUCUGGUUCUCCUACACAAUAACCCGCAUGUUCCUCGUGUCUGUGGUCCACACCGCUGUCUACCGCUCCAACCAGCAGUUCAAUGUGUCGGCAGCCCAGGAGGCGGAGGCAUCGUCUAGAUCCUCAUCGUCCUCUGCCACCUCCCAGCACCUGCUCUCGAAAGCUAGGGUGGCGUGGAUGGCUCCCUCGACCACCCACACCACUAAACAGAAGCAACCAACCUUCACCGUAGCCCAAGAUCCAAGCCACACUGCAACCACUCCCUCACCAGCUCUUUUACCCGCUUACAAGCCCACUUUCCCGCCAACCCAUAAGCCCAGCCCUCAGAAAGCCCACUCCUCCAUCUCGCCCUCCCAGCGCAUCAACCGCUUCGGCCUCAUCCUGGGCGUCAAUCUCGAUCUCUUGUUUUUCGCCAUCUACAUCUCUUACGUUGUUCUCGUCAGAAGAGCAAUUUUUGCAAGCAUCUCCUAAUAGUGACUCCAAACCGAGUGGUUGAAUAUAUUGAGUUAACUGCAUCAGAUCAUGGGUGCAUCAGUAAUGCUUAAAUCGUCACUAAUGAUUGUCCGGUAACCUUCACCUGGAAUAAGAAGGCGAUGUUUAUGGAAAGAAACUCGACAAAUUUAGAUGAGAUACCAGAGGCCAGCUGUUUGUAGUUGAGUCCAAGAGUUGGAGAGGGUUAACUAUAAUUUUCUGAAAUGGCGGCCCAAUGAGUGCAAUGUUGGAGCUGCUGGUAAGCACCAAGACAGGUCUCAGUGGUGAUCCUGUUAAUAAUUGCUAAUGAAGCAGGGAGAUGACUGAGUCGGGUGAAGCAAGAGGUGUGUUGGGACGAGCAGGGUAGCAUCAUGGUAGAGGCUUCUGAAGGCGCAGAGUAUCCCACCGCUGCCACCAGUGUUAUCAAAUCAAACAUUUGUUUCCAAAAAUGUUGUUUUGAUCAUAAAAUUGUUCUCAUUAAUUAAUUUUCUUCUAGUGAAUAAAGAAACAUUUUCCAAGGCCAUGGCUCUGAGCACAUCUUACCUGUCAUAGGAACUUAAGAACCGAAGAAAUAGUAGAAGACCUAUUGAGCCAUAUGAGGCAGGUUAUCUUGAGGUUAUCUUGAGAUGAUUUCGGGGCUUUUUAGUGUCCCCGCGGCCCGGUCCUCGACCAGGCCU